CCUAAUUUUGAUCUCAAGUUUCGAUUUUUCCUCCUAAUUUUCACUUCUGUAUGGUGAUUUGGGCUACUUGAAGCUCUCGAGCGAAUCUUGAUGAUGCUUCUGAUUGGAAUCGGAGGAGAAGCUCAUGGUUUGGUUUUGGGUAUUAUUGCUUUUGUGGGUUGGACUAAGGGAAGAAGUAUUCCGAUUUUUCAGAUGUUCGUCCAAUGGAGGUAGAAGAUAAGCCGAGGAACUUCGUUGUCGGGUCUUUGCCGACUGUGAUGUACAUUCCGGACUUCAUCACGGAGACUGAAGAAACCCAGCUGUUGGAAAAUGUGUACAAAGCUCCUCAGUCAAAGUGGAAAUCUUUGAAGAAUAGGAGGUUACAGAAUUGGGGUGGAAUUGUCCAUGAAAAAGGUCUUCUUCCCCAAGAUCUGCCUUCUUGGUUAACCAAGAUUACCCAGAGAAUCUCUGAAGAGUCGGGGUUAUUUCCUUCAGCAAUCAACCAUGUCCUCAUAAACGAGUACCUUCCCGGGCAAGGCAUAAUGCCACACCAAGAUGGCCCUGCUUAUUUUCCCGUAGUUGCCAUUCUUUCUCUUGGAUCACCUGUCGUAAUGGACUUCACUCCGCACUCAAGUCUGAGAUCAUGCUCAAGUAAGCCAACAAUUAGUUCUGAAGAUGCUAACCAAGAUGUCGGUAUGUGGACGGACAACCAUCAUCCUUUUUCUGUCGCAUUGAUGCCUCGGGGUUUGCUGAUCUUCAAGGACGAGGCUUACUCUGAGUAUUUGCAUGGAAUAAAAGACGAUGCUGUCCACGAAAUCAAUGAGGAGGUUGUGAAUGAGAGAGAAGCUCUUCUUGGUCAUGGACCCGACUCAGGCUUGGAGAAGGCUGCUCCUCUCGAAGUAAUGAGUAGUGGUGAUGUCAAAUGUAUCCAGAGAACUAAGACUCGAAUUUCAUUGACGUGUCGGGUAGUGCUAAAAGUUCACAAGAAGCUUUUUAAGUUUUGAAUGACAAAUACAUCGAAUUUACGCCUUAUAACAUCAUUUAGUGAAGGCUGUUAGACUUUUCUUUUGCUUAA